GUGUGUGUGUUAUCAAGGCUUUAAGUUUUUCGAAAAAUUGAAGGCACGAAUCAUCAUAAUCAUGAAAGGGAAACAUUUUUUAUCUUCUUGCUCCAUUUUUCUUUCCAUCUUGCUAAUUUCCACAGCAUUAGACACAAUCACAACAGAAAAACCAAUUAGAGAUGGUGACACAAUUGUUUCAGCUGGAGGGGUUUACGAGCUUGGAUUUUUCAGCCCUGGAAAUUCGAAGAAUCGCUACGUUGGCAUAUGGUUCAAGAAGAUAGCAACUAGAACUGUUGUCUGGGUUGCCAACAGAAACAUUCCACUGAAUGACAAUUCAGGAGUGUUAUUACUCAAUCCCAAUGGAAUUCUUGUACUUGUUGACAAUUCCAAUGCCUCAAUUUGGUCAUCAAACUCAUCAAGAUUGUUAAUGAAUCCAAAAGCACGGCUCCUGGAUUCCGGUAACCUUGUUGUCGGUGAUGGAAAUAAUAGUGAACGAGAAGUUAAUUUCGUGUGGCAGAGUUUUGAUUAUCCAGGAGAUACUUUAUUACCUGGGAUGAAGCUUGGACGUAAUCUGGUCACGGGCAUGGAUUGGUACAUAGAGUCAUGGAAGAGCACUGAUGAUCCUGCUGCGGGUGAAUAUAUAGAACGUCUUGAUUCUCAUGGAUACCCUCAAUUUUUCGUGUGGAAAAAUUCGUCUAUAGUAUAUAGCACAGGGCCAUGGAAUGGUAUCGCAUUUAGUAGUAGUCCUAAAAAUCAACCAGCUAUAUAUUAUGCUUUCGAGUUUGUUAUUAAACAGAAGGAGAUUUACUUUAAAUACGAGCUUAAUGAGUCCCUGCCCACCAGGGUGGUGAUCAAUCAGGCUGGAAUGGUAGAACACCUAACAUGGAUCGAGCGUAAUCACAGAUGGAUAGUCUACGUAUCAGCACAAUCUGAUAAUUGUGAUCGUUUUGCUUUAUGUGGUCCUUAUGCAAGUUGCAACAUCAAUAACUCUCCUCCAUGUGACUGCUUGCGAGGUUUCGAGCCUAGGUAUCCUGAACAAUGGUAUGCAGUGGACUGGUCUAAUGGUUGUAUAAGGAAAACUUCUUUGUCUUGUAACCAAGAUGGUUUUCUUAAAUUUAGGAAUAUCAAGAUGCCGGAUUCUAGACACUCCUGGUAUAAUGUAAGCAUUAGUCUUGAAGAAUGCAAGAAAAUGUGCUUGGCUGAUUGCAAUUGUACAGCCUACUCAAAUCUUGAUAUAAGAAAUGGCGGAAGUGGAUGCUUACUAUGGUUCGGUGAACUCAUUGAUAUUAGAGAGUACAACAAAAAUGAGCAAUACCUGUUUGUGAGAGUUGCUGCUUCAGAAUUAGAUUCAGUCAGGAAUCGGAGGGGAAAGAGGUCAGCCCUGAUUGCGGUCAUUUCAGCACUAGUAGCAACUUCUAUCCUCAUCUUUCUAGCUUGGUUUACCUUCCAAAGAAAGAACAAAAAAACAGAUAAACAUACUGGAGGUUCAGAAGUUGGAAACAAGGACCUCGAGUUGCCAUUGUUUGAUUUAGUUACUGUUACUACUGCCACUGAAAAUUUCUCUUCUGCGAAUGUGAUUGGUGAGGGUGGCUUUGGACAGGUUUACAAGGGUAUUCUACCAGAUGGACUAGAGAUAGCAGUAAAGAAGCUAUCAACGUAUUCUGGACAAGGCGUUCAAGAGUUAAAAAAUGAAAUUGCUCUCAUUUCCAAGCUGCAACAUAGGAACCUUGUCAAGCUUUUGGGUUGCUGCCUUGAAGGAGAAGAAAAGAUGCUAAUCUAUGAGUUUAUGCCCAACUCUAGCUUGGACUGUUUCAUUUUUGAUCCAAGCAGAAAAGCUUCACUUGCAUGGAAGAAUCGCUUUGAAAUUUCUGUGGGAAUAUCUCGAGGUCUUCUUUACCUUCACCAGGACUCAAGAUUUAGAAUUAUUCAUAGAGACCUCAAGACCAGCAACAUUUUACUAGAUGGAGACAUGAAUGCCAAAAUUGCUGAUUUUGGCCUUGCCAAAAUUUUUGGCGGAGAACAAGUGGAAGGAAAUACUAAGAGAGUGAUAGGGACAUAUGGAUAUAUGUCACCUGAGUAUGCUGUUGAUGGGAAAUAUUCAGUAAAAUCCGAUGUAUUUAGUAUCGGCGUUAUCAUUCUAGAGCUAGUCAGUGGCAGAAGGAACAGGAAAUUUCAUCAUUUGGAACAUUAUCACAAUCUUUUGGGACAUGCAUGGUUACUUUGGACUGAAGACAAAGCGUUGGAACUGAUGGACGAAUGUUUGAAAGAAUCAUUUUCAGAAUCUCAAGUGUUGAGAUGCAUCCAGGUUGGCUUGUUGUGCGCCCAAAAACACCCUGAGCAUAGGCCUACAAUGGCAUCAGUAGUUUUCUGGUUGGGAAAUGAAGGCCUGGUUCUUCCUCAACCAAAGCAGCCUGGAUUUUUUAUAGAAAGGAAUUCAAUGGAUUCAACAGAAUCAGCUCAAUUUAUCAGUUAGCUCGUUGUAAUCGGAUAAGGGCAUUGUGAAUUCAAGUUCAAUCAACACAUAUAAUAUCUAAUUAAUGAGAAGAAAAUCUGAAAGUGUGUACACACAUUUCAGCACACGCUUUGUAGCACAAUUAAUCCGGAUUCACAGGGGAAAGUUCGACUUUUUGGGAGAAACUAAAGUCUCCUCAUCAAAAGUGACUCCAUUCAAGAAGUUGAAGAUUCUUCUUGUUUUUUCUCUCAGUUGAAUAUUAGAUGGUGACUUUACAACUUUUUAAAAUAAAUGCAUUAAUAUUAAUAGAAAAUAAAAAAGACAUCAGUUCCUUU